UUCAUAUAGUCUACAAUAGGUAGCAUUAUAACUCAUAUUAUCAUAAAUCUACAACUAAUGGAUAUAGCAUUCACAUAACCACUGCCCUCCAAUCAACAUGGCGUCUGCAACCCUGCCAGCAACUUCCGGGUCACUUCCUGGUUCGAGGUCAAGUACUAGGUCACGGCACAGGCGCAGUGCAACACUGCCUACUCGACUGCCUUCUAUAGUCCCAAAGUCGACGUUGGUUGCUCCGAAGCUACACGAUAUCGAGCCAACUAAAAGGAUUGAUGUUCUACAUCCUCCCACAGUUCCAAGGCGUACAGUAUUUCUUGAAACAUUCGACUCCCAUGACCACAUGAGGCAGCGAUGCCAGUUAAUGCAACGACAACAAUGGUACAGAUACCAUGGCGAAUGGCAGAAACCAUUAUAUGGAACGCCGGCUGUUCGAGAAUCUUAUAGGUCAGAUAUAAGAAGUGUGCUGAAGACACAAAUGGAAGAUCGACAAACUAGAAGAAAAAGGGAUUGGGACAACGCCUUGUAUGAAAGUAUACAGGCGACAAAUCGGGACCGAAUGGAGGCAGAAAUGGACAUGGAGAAACGAAGAAAUAAAAUGAGACAUUUAAAUACUUUUACGCGGGAAAAUAAAAGAAUUAUGGAAGAAAAAUGGCAAGAACGAACCAGACUUCGAACAGUUGAGAAUAAGAAAGAUCUCGAACAAUUGCAAUACAAUCCUAUAAAUUGGAGCCACACACUCAAAUAAGCUACCAUUUAUGGUGGUCGGAUUCAUGCGCACGUUUGGACAAUUUGAACAAAAUCCCCACCGCCAAAGCCUAUUCGUUAAAAUGCCCGCACACACAACCACACAUACAUAUAAACAAAUUUAGUUAAAAUGUUCACACGCUACCACACAUACACAUAAGGUUAAUAUUUAUGGCUGAUAACUAUUGGUGGAUAUAAGUUCUAAUGACUAGAAACAUAUUUUGGCCGCCGUUGCAUGUUUAUAGACACACCCAAAAAAAGUUAUAUAUUGUGGUUAUAUACAGCAGGGUGUCCAUAAAGUUCCUUUACAAUUUCAAAUUUAUUAUGAAGUCAGUUCUCUCAGUAUCUUAAACCAGUUUUUUUAAAUGUCCAAGUAUUUUUACUUCAUUUAAUACAUCUGCGAGGGCCAAAACAAUAUAUGGUAACGAUAAAUUCUUUUUGCAAUUUAUAAAAAAGUAAAGACUUUAUGGAUACCCUAUAUUUCGACAAUUCAAGUUGUAACGAGAGACUGAUCAAUUACUCGGAAUUAGCUUCCUAAAUAGCUGGAAAAGCUUUGGUGAAGAAUUACAAAAUUCUACUAUUCAGUUAAUUUGCGAUUUUUUUCAUUCCCAAAGAAAGCACUAAAGGACACACACUGGAAAUAGCCUGCUACGGAAACAUCGCCCGCAACACUACCAUUCUUUCCAUUGUUGUAAAACGAUCUGUAUGUAGCUUUAUAAAUGCCAGCACACAGAGGAUAACUCGGUUAUUAAUUGAUAUUUCGUUUUACUUUACGUUUUUCAUAUGCCAGUAUAAAUAUUGUGGUAUGAUGAUACUAAAAAAUUUAAAUCCCCCAAAAUACUUGCCUCUCAAGCCCUCGUGAAAAUUUCCUAUAUGGAAUAUUUACUAAAUUUAACCCUUACCUAUAGCACUAUCAAGAGUCCCUGCAUUAAUAAUUUCUUCAAUGCCAAAUAUUUGUCUCGCUGGCGGUUAAUCACGAGUGUUCGAGUCAUGCUGUUCAGAUGACUCGAAUUCAACUCGAGUCGAGUCAAAGACUCAAGCAACCACUGGUGAUAACUAAUCGAAAAGUUCAUUUUUGACCAUUUUCUGCCAAUAAUUUAUAACUGUGCUUUUUUUACCAAAAUUAGACAAUUUUUUUAAUCUUUGCAUCACUGUUGAAAUUUUACUAUAAUAAAAUAGAUAAAAAUAAUGAA